UAAUAAGUCAUAAAAGUGGGCCACUUCACACAUUGUUAUUAGUGAGACACGUGAUGGUGCUGAUAUACCGCCACACAGACCAAGGAACUCCAUGUUACUACUGCAAGUGUCCUGGCUUCCAUCAUCACCAUGAUGUCCGUCGGUCAUUUUGUUAUCUUGUCGCUUGUGUACGGAAUCAUGGAGGUAAUGGCUGGUGGUACGGUGUACAUCCGGUUUCUCUCUUACUCCAACCCCUCACACAAAGACGCCACAGGCCAGUGCUGUGAGAGUCUGAGUACCAGCGGAUGUGGUGCCAACGAGUGUGAUCCGUUCUUCAAAAUAUGUGUGGGACUUCUGUCCAGUUCUGGGUGUGAGUACGGUAGUGUGAAGACAGAGGUGUACGACAAUACGGACACCAUCAGGUUCGGCAAUGUCAUCAGAACCAUGCCUAAUCCCAUCGUAAAGACAUUCAACAAUUGGGGGUCCGGAAUACACGUGAAAGUAGACGUACUUGACAGAGAUGGGACGACUUUUUUGGGUAGUGAUGACCUAAUCGGAUCAGUAGAUCACCAAAUAACAGGACCUGUUGACCAAAACGGCAUACUGCUGCACAAUACCACCAAGCCUAUCAAAGGAGGGGCAGCUGAAUUGGUUAUACAGUACAGAAUUGUGUGUGAGCAGCAUUACUAUGGCGACUGUUCCGUAUCGUGUCGACCAUUGCUACCCAAGUACAACUGUAGUAGUAGCGGCCAAAAACUAUGCUUACCAGGAUGGGUGGGAUUCCGGUGUAGUAUACCAGACCACUCCUGUGUAACAAAACCUUGUCACAAUGGUGGUACUUGUACAGAUAUCCCAACCAACAAAUACCUAUGUACCUGUCUGAACGGAUGGACAGGACAGACCUGCGAGACGUUUGCGCUGCCUCCAUCAACGAAGACAACCAUUGUCACUUCCAAAACGUCAACACAAACAGCCGUGACGUCAUCAACUCCGUCUACAAUACAAGGAGCAGUUACGUCAUCAGCACAGAAACUAGACACGUCAACAUCCCAAAGACAAUCCAUGUCAACAACACAAAAACGAUCGACAUCGACAACAAAGAAAGCACUGACGUUAACAACACAGGAACAAACUACGUCUUCAACACAAGGACAUAAUAUUAAUAAUACGCUGUUUUCCUCAACACCACAAACAGUUUCACAAAAUGUUUCUUCAAAAACAGCAACAUCCGACACUAAAAGUACAUCUUCUUGGCUGGUAAAUAGUACGUCGCCUGAAGCCACAACGUCCAACAUAGCAACGCCCACAACACCAAGCCAAAAUACUACAGGUGCAUCAUGUCACUUUAAGAUGGCUUCCAGCCUUAUAAAUGGAACAAACAUUACCCGGGUACAGCUCUCUGGCAUCAACAGGAAGGAGUUGACUGCUGCAGAUGUAAAACGAAUACUAGAACAAACGGUCCAUCCUACCAGUCUUCGUCCGGUAUCACUCGACGAUAGUGUCAUGGUUUUUGACAUGGAAAUAACCUACAACGUGUCUACGAUUACCAGCAAGCUCCUUCCACGUGUACAGAGAGAAUUGUGUCGAAUGGAAACAAAGGUUCCAGGUUCUGCCACAGGUCGGGAGGCCAGUGAAGCCGGGGAGGCGAGCUCCGAUAACUCCGAUAACUCCGAUAACUCCGGGCCAGUUAUUGGUGGGGUACUAGGAGCUCUCUUCCUCAUCGCUAUCCUCGGUGUGGCCGCGUUCUUCUUAUACAGAUGGAAUAAGAAAAGAAAUAAAGUGACGGGUGAAAAGAUUGACAACGAGUGCUCUUCAACGAGUGAAAUACGGAACAAGAUCUCGGCCAAAGACGUGGACAUAUCUUCCCCGCCCGCCUCUACACACAGACAGACAGACCAACCAGUUAGCAUCGCCUCUACACAGAUACAGACAGACCAACCAGUUAACAUCGCCUCGACAUAGAUACAGACAGACCAACCAGUAAACAUCGCCUCUACACAGAAACCGACCAACCAACCAGUCGAUUAAACUACACACAUCGCCUCUACACAGAUACAGACCGACCAACCAGUCGAUUACACUACACACAUCGCCUCUACACAGAUACAAACUGACCAACCAGUCAAUUUAACAACACACAUCGCCUCGACACAGAUACAGACAGACCAACCAGUCAAUUAAACUACAUACAGUUCAUAGCUUCGACACAAAGAUGGGCCAGUCUUGAACUAACUGUCCAUACACGAAUUGGAACAUAGAAGUGGAUCAUAUAGCUUAUUUCUACGUUUUCCCUUGUAUUAAUGUUGUAAUUGAAAAUCGACGUAUGGCUGAUGUAGAAGUGUCUGUAGUGUUCUUUAAUUCACGAUCAGGAGAGUACAGUAUAUACGAUCGAUGUGGUACAUGCAUUUGUUUUUUAAAUAUGACAUAUCGACAAUAUACCUGAAGGUAAAUCGGAGGACUAAUCAAUGUUUUUUCAAACCUCAUGCGGUAAGUGCUAUAAAAAUUUCAGUCUCCAAUUAUAAAAACCAAGUCGGAAAAAAGAGGACACAGUUUGUCAAAACGGUUUUACCAACAGCCGACUGAAAAAUCAACAGGUUGUUGUCGAUCAAUUCGCAAUUUCAUCUGCAUAAUGUAUCAUCCAGGCUUUUCCCAAAAACAACAAUUUGCUCAAAAAAUGUCACAACCAUAUAAUUGUAAAAACAAUCGAUUAUCUUUGGGAAAAGUAUCAUAUUUAGGAAACGAAGACGUAUUUUGAGUUUGUUGGAAGGUAAGGUAAUGUAUUAAAAUGAAACGUCCCGAUAUUAUAAACAUUUUUGAGGUGAGGAAGCUGCAUAGGGAUUAAAAGAUAUUUUGAGUUGUUUAAAAUCCACAUUUCAUUACUGCCACUUCUUGAGCAAACAGUGUCACAAGUGAGAUACAUGUAUAACCCAUGGACACAUCCCAGCGCUGGAGGGCACAUCGCUGACGACUACUCACUAUAUAUUUUCGAUUGGUUUAAGUACAUUAUAAAUGCAUAUGUAUGUGCACAUUGAUAUUUGUUUCUGA